UAACGGAGUUAGUUCACAUUUUUUUAACAAUGAAGGUUGUACGUAUAUAUUAUCAUAAUUUUUUUAAAUUAAUCGAAAUUGUUCCCAAUUGAAUUGAAUUGAAUGAAAUGAAUAGUUAAACCGACAACCACAUCUAAAAAAUUCGUUCGUGUUUUAUUGUAGGUACUUCUAAUGUUUAUAUUGUGUUUUAUCUUAUCAUCAAGCUAUUAUUAAAAUUACCUACAUAUUGAAAUUUUGAAGGUGUAAAAAUAGUGUUUGAUAUAAUUUUUUGAAUGUAUUGAAUCAUCAUGAACAGCAUUAGAUUGUUUAUAAAAACUUCAUUGGUAAAACGUCCAAUUAUUACAAAUUCAAUUAUUUAUGGAACCUUGUGUACAUUUUCGGAAUUUUCACAACAAACUUUGUCCAAAAAACUUUCUCAACCAAUAGAACCAUAUGACACCAACACUAUUAUCAAAUAUGUCAUUUAUGGAACCGGGAUAGGGGGUCCGUUGAUAGCAACUUGGUAUAGAUUUCUAGAUAAAAAAAUUGUAGGGACAACAUUAAAAAUUUCAGCGAAGAAGUUACUCAUUGAUCAGUUUACGUUCACAGCUGGUUUGCUGGUAGUUUUUUACACCUCCAUGAGCAUAAUGGAAGGUAAGAAAGACAUUUUCGAAGAAUGCAGGCAAAAGUUUAUACCUACAUUUAAAACCAGUUGCUGCUUUUGGCUACCAGCGCAAUUAGUAAAUUUCAUGGUGGUUCCAGCAGUUUACAGAGUCACAUAUAUCGGAGUAUGUUCGUUUGUUUGGAUCAAUAUUUUAUGUAUGUUAAAAAGAGAACAGCUCGAAAAAUCUGAAUAGUAUUUAUUUUAUAAGAUUGUAUAAAAACUAUUUUAUUAUAACAUUAACAAGUC